CCGCCUGGGGUCUGCUUUCAUCUCCAGCUUCAGCGACUCACCCCUGAAUCCCGGCCCUCUACUGAGGUUGGACUAGCCGCUUUUCCGUCUAGGUGACGGUCAGUGUUUUCUGGAUUCUGUCCCAGCGGAUCUGUUUCCUGCUCUGUAACUUUCUGGGUUAACGUUGAGCAUCAUUAGGGAAACUCAGCUGCCACUAGACUGUACACCACCACGAAGGCUUUGGAGAUCUUUUCAGUUAAAAGAAUAAUGACUUUCUUGAAAUGUAAUCCCAGUGGAGCUUGUUUUCUGCGUUGCCUGGAAGAAUCCCUACCUACCAUCAGCAGUUCUUCAGAGAUCUUAUAAAAGCCUCUCUACAUCAAGCAACUGAGUGACUCUGGAUUGUUCAGGGAGACCUUAAGAAUUGUGGAUAUCAAUUCACCUGGAAGAUUCAACCACUGCUACUCAGAGCUACUGCUGAAAUACCAUGUCUAAGAACUCGGAGUUCAUCAACCUGUCAUUUUUAUUAGAUCAUGAGAAGGAGAUGAUCCUGGGAGUCCUAAAGAGAGAUGAAUAUUUGAAAAAAGUAGAGGACAAGAGAAUAAGGAAGCUGAAAAAUGAACUCUUGGAAGCAAAACGUAGAAGUGGGAAGACUCAGCAAGAGACCAGCAGGGUCUGUGCUCACUGUCAGAGAAACCUGGGCUUGAUAUUCGACCGUGGAGACCCGUGCCAGGCCUGCUCACUCAGAGUGUGCAGCCAGUGCCGGGUCUCAGGCGUUGAUGGCAGCUGGCGGUGCACCAUCUGUGCCAAAGUCGCGCAGCUAAGGAUUGUAACUGGUGAAUGGUUUUUUGAAGAAAAGGCAAAGCGUUUCAAGCACGUCAGUGUUCUGGGCACUGAUGUUGUCCGACAGUCCAUCUUAAGAAGAAGUCCAGGAGCUGAGGAAAUACAAAUCCAAGAACAAACCCAUCAGAACGCAGAAAAGUCAGACGCUUCACUUUCUGCUGGGCGGAAGGCCAGCCACUAUGGGCCCAGGAAAAAGGGAUUUCUUCUUAGCAAGUUCAGAUCAGCAACCAGAGGAGAAAUUGUAACUUCAAAAACUGAAAGUGGGAGGAGCUACAGCUUGGACUUAGACAGCCAAAAUUUUCGGAGUUUAAAGUCAGCCCGUGGUUCAGACAGGGGGAGCACUGGUUCAUCAGAUUUCAACGAGCAGGAAGCUGGUCCUGGGACUCCAAAGAGCAUCCGGAGCAAUGAUGUGACCCCAGUCACUCAGAGGUCACCGGUCCCGAGCACACGCAGCGUGACCUCAGUCAGCAGUCGAAAGGAACACGGUUUUGAAAAUUCCAUGGAUUUGGCUGCCAUUGAAAGCGCCUCUGAGGAUCUCACAAAGAGUCAUCACCGAAAAACUUCCGGCACACCUUCCAUAGCAGUGUCCAGGGCCUCCCUCUCCUCAGAUCGGAGUCGAUCUGAGUUAGAUUUGAGUGGGUCAUUUACAGAAGACUUAGAGGAUACUGUAAGCGUAAGAAGCAAGUCUGUCCCUGGGGCUUUAGACAAAGACUUGGACUACUUGCAAGAGAUGGAAGAAAGCAUUGAUGACUUAGCGUCCUCUCGGUUUUCUGCAAACACCCACAGUGUAGCAAGCGGCCUGUCAACCAAUUCUCAAGCAGGCUCUGACAGGAAAUGGACCUACCUGAGUGUGCCUGAUGCUGACUCAGACACUACCAGCCUGAACAGCAUGAUGAGUGUUUACAGUGAAACAGGAGACUAUGGCAACGUGAAGGUCAGUGGGGAAAUCCUUCUCCACAUCAGCUACUGCGACAAAACUGGCGGGCUCUACAUUUUGGUCAAGAGUUGCAGAAAUCUGGCCAUAGGAGAUGAAAAGAAACAGAGGACAGAUGCUUAUGUCAAGUCAUACCUUCUUCCUGACAAGUCUAGAAAUAAUAAGCGCAAGACCAAAAUCAGAACAGGCACCAAUCCAGAAUUCAAUGAAACACUAAAGUAUACCAUCAGCCAUACCCAGCUGGAAACGAGGACUCUGCAGCUCUCAGUCUGGCAUUACGAUCGAUUUGGACGGAACAGCUUCCUUGGGGAGGUGGAGAUUCCUUUUGACUCAUGGAACUUUGAAAAUCCAAGUGAUGAGUGGUUUGUGCUUCAGCCCAAGGUGGAAUUUGUUGCUGACAUUGACCUUCAGUACAAAGGAGAGCUGACAGUCAUUUUACGUUACAUACCCCCGGAGGAGAACCUGACACUUCCACUGGGACAGCUUCAAGGAAAGAAGACCUUUAAACGAGGAAAGAAGAAGGAUUCUCCUGUCAUCUCUGGAGGAAUCCUAGAAGUGUUCAUCAAAGAGGCAAAGAAUUUGACAGCGGUGAAAUCAGGAGGCACUUCUGAUAGCUUUGUGAAGGGCUACCUGCUCCCUGAUGAUAGCAAAGCCACCAAGCACAAAACUCUGGUCAUAAAAAAGAGUGUUAACCCUCAGUGGAAUCAUACGUUCAUGUUCACUGGCCUGCAUCCCCAGGAUAUAAAGAAUGUUUGCCUAGAACUUACCGUCUGGGACAAGGAGGCCUUUUCCAGCAACGUAUUUCUGGGAGGAGUUCGUUUGAAUUCUGGAAGCGGUGUGAGCCAUGGGAAGACCGUGGAUUGGAUGGACUCUCAGGGGGCAGAGCAACUCCUCUGGCAGAAGAUGGCGGACAAUCCUGGGACUCCGGUAGAGGGCGCACUCACGCUCCGUGCCAGCAUGGGGAAGAGUAAGCUCUGAAGACUGAUCCUGGACCUUGUUGGGUCAUCACAUUUUCUCAGUCCUACAAUCAACUCCCUCAACGUUGUCCUGCCACCUUUAGCACAACCUUCCACCCCUAGAUCAGUUCUCCAACAUGCCUUUUCUCUUCUUCCACCUGGAUGAUUAGCAUUGCUAAAGAAAAAUGGUCAUUUGUGCUGAUUGGUUUCAUGAUGGCUUGUGUGAUAUUUCUCCAAGAGGUACUUGAAUAUCUCCAUUAACUAUAGAAUUUCGAGGAAGAGAAGUCCAACAAAUCUAGUGUUUGAAGACUACAGG